UUUAUUGACUUGUUCAUGUUAAGGGAAAAGUUCAUUCAGAAUAACUUAAUCAUUAUUAAUUCAUUUUCUUGCAGGUUUCUUAUACAUGAUCCCACUCGGCGCUUGGGAGCAACUGGAGCAACUGAGGUUAAAGCACAUGCUUUUUUCAAUGGAAUUAAAUGGGAUAGUCUUGCAUUGCAAAAGGCUGCCUUUGUACCACACCCUAACAGUGCGGAUGACACAAGCUAUUUCACAUCACGUUUUAGUCGAAUUUCGAGUGGAAUCCUGAAUGAGAAUGAAUGUGGUAAUUCUGAUAAUGAGACUCAUGACUCAGAAUCAGAUUUUGGACCCGAGAUGGAUGAAUGUGGUGACUUGGCGAAGUUUGAUCCUUCUCCUCUUAAUCUCUCUCUAAUAAGUUUCUCUUUUAAGAAGUUGUCACAGCUGGCAUCAAUAAAUCAUGAUAUACUCGUACAAUCUGGGAAGGAUUCAGUCAAGUGCUCCCCAUCCAGAAGUCUAAGGACAUAAUUUAAAUUUGAUUCAAGUACAAAAGGUAUCUUUCAUAAAUCCAUGCCUUUGGAGUUCUUUUCUUCUUUUUUAAUCAAAAUGAUCGAUGAAAGAGAAGAAAAGAGGUUCAAAAGAACAUGUUUAACUAGGGAAUUCCAUGUUAAGUUUUAGAGUAGGUAAAGUAAAUGAGAACAAAUUUACAGAAGGAUGAAGAGAAUCACCUUUCUAUCA